AUGAACACCCUUGUAUUGUCGACAGUAUUCGCUAUUUUGUUUGUAUCUUUGGCCACUGCUGAUAGCGAAACCUUCGAGGAAUUGUUUCAACCCGAAAUGCCCAGCAUGCGAGCCCGGAUAGCGUCGAGCAGCAGGUUUUGGGGGAAACGUGACACCGCUCGAGCCCGAAUCGCCGCAUCCCGAAUUUUCCGAGGACGACGAUCGAUGGGAAUGGAGGAGACACCAGAAAGCGACGGGGAUGCGGCCAAUUUGGAGCAACAGCAGCAGCAGCUGUCUUCUGCCGAAGUGCGUUCC